AUGACCACCUUCCAAACCAAGAAGGAUCCUCUCCUCCGGAGUGUAUCACCCACCCCGAGCAAGAUUCCGAUUCGCUCAAAGAGACGCCCGCCUAUCCCCACACCCAAGCCAUGCGACUUGGACCGGGAGAACCAAGAUCCAAAGAGAUUGGAGCAGAAGUCCAGUACUCAACGUCCCCUUGUUGACUCAGCAGGCCACAGGCCAAAAGCCUCACAUCAAACACAAAAAUCAGAGAGAUUGGUGGGGAGCACUGUGCUUCGGAAACCAUUGGAGGAACUCAGGCCUAGCCCUAGGGAACAAAGUGUGGGGCUUGGGCCUCCUCCCCAGAAAGAGAUUCCAGGGGCCAUAGAGUUUGUGGCUGACCCUGAGGCCCUGGCUACCAUCCUGUCAGGUGAGGGGGUGAAGAGCUGUCGCCUGGGGCGCCAGCCCAGUCUGGCUCAGAGGGUACUGGUUCGAGAGAGCCAGGGAGGCACCAUCCGGAGGGGCCAGGGUGCCCGGGCCUCUGCAUAUUUGGCUCCCAGAACCCCCCAAACCCGACUGGACCCUGCCAGGGCUUCCUGCUUUUCGAGGCUAGAGGGACCAGGACCCCGCAGCUGGACCUUGUGCCCCCAGAAGCUAGAGGCUGUGAUUCCACCUUCAGGACCUUCCUUUCAGUCCUCUGCUCGCCCCGGCUUCCAGGAGCUAAAAAGAGAGACAGGUGGCAGCAGCAGGACUGCAGUGAGCCAGGCCUCGGGAUUGCAUCUGGAGACACAAGUCCAGCCUGCUUCCUCUGUCCUGGAUGGAGAACACGAAGUAGUCACUCACUCAGUUGAAGAAGGAAGGGGCCCUCCUGAUCCAGCCCAGUGGGUUCCAUUAAGAGAGAGCCGGGAGCUAACCCACACCAAGGACAGCCGUGACUGCCACCCGAUGCCCUCCCCUGGGCCUGUGCUGCUACCAUCCGUCCCCCGUCCAUCCCCCUUCGGAUUGGCCAAGCGUGUUCCCUCCCCCGGCUCCUCAGCUCCGCCCUCAUAUUCAGUGUUGCGGCGUCUUGCCAUUCGCCCCAAAACCCAGUUCACGCCCAUCCCUUCGGCCCCCAAAGCUCAGCAGGCUCCAUGUUUGAGUGGCCUCUCUCCUCAGUCUUGCCCUGAAGAGCCUGCUCUGCCCUGGGAGCAGAUUGCAGUCCGGCUGUUCGACCAGGAGAGUUGUAGAAGGUUACAGGAGGGGCCUGGGAAACCGCCUGCAGUAACGCCUCAUGGACCCCAACUUAGUAGAACCCCAAACCUCCAAGAGCUGAAGAUGCAGCGCAUCAAUAUCCUGAAGCAGCUUUUGCAACAGGAGGUAGAUGGGCUGGCAGGGAGCAAGUGUGCCCCCCCUAACGGAGGCCCCUCUCUGGAUAUGGCUGAACUUCAGUCCCUGCUGGCAGAGAUUCCUAGAACUCCGGAUGCCCCAGAGCAGAAUUCUGGGGCUUUCCGCCCUCCUGAACUGUUACAGCACUCUGGACUGCCAAUGCCCUGCCUUCCAGAGCAGUGUGGGGAGCCGCAGCUGGGCCCUGGAGCAGAACCUGAGGCAGCUCAGCCCUGCCCUCCGGCAGAGCCAGGCCCCCCAGAGCCCUGCCUCAGGAGGGAGCCUGAGGUCCCGGAGCCUACCCCCCAGAAACAGCCUGAGGUCCCGGAGCCUACCCCCCAGAAACAGCCUGAGGUCCCGGAGCCUACCCCCCAGAAACAGCCUGAGGUCCUGGAGCCUACCCCCCAGAAACAGCCUGAGGUCCCGGAGCCUACCCCCCAGAAACAGCCUGAGGUGUCUGAGGCUCGCCCUCCCGUGGAGCCUGGACCCGGUCAGGCCCGCGCCCGGAGGCAGACCGGACUUCCAGAGCCCUCCCCUCGGGUAGAAGCAGAGGCAUCAGAGCUCUGCCCUCUGGAACCUAGGGGUACAGGGUCUAGUCCACAGUCCUGCUGCAGUCAAUGGGCUCCAGCUCAGACCACCAGUGUGAUCUCCUCUCAACGCCCACUUUGUGCCAGCCCCACUGUCCACUCACUCCAGUCUCUGAGGCCCCCGACGGGCCAGGCAGGCCCUAGCAGUCUGGCUCCUCGAACCCUGGCCCUGAGGCAGCGCCUCAAAGCAUGCCUGACCGCCAUCCACUGCUUCCAUGAGGUGCGCCUGGAUGACGAGUGUGCCUUCUACACCAGCCGAGCCCCUCCCGCAGGCCCCUCUCGUGUCUGCACCAACCCUGUGGCCAAGUUACUGGACUGGCAGGAUGCCCUGUGUUUUAUUCCAAUUGGUGCUGCAGGCCCUCCGGACUCUCCAACAUGA